CACACACACACACAAAUAUAUUUGUAUGUAAACUCUGUGUAUCUGAAAUCUUCUGUCACUGCCUCGCUCCUCUUCGCCCCCUCAGGAGGACGGACGAGUCCGGCGGAGGAAGGAAGAGGUGCCCGGGAGGAGCGGAGGGAGCCCAGCUGAGGAGCCCUGCCCGGUCCAGGGCGCAGCUCCCCCGGGAGACGGUGGGGAAAGGCGCGGGGGCUGUGGGGCUGCGGAAGGGCCGCCCCCAUAGGAGCCGGUCCGGAGCCGAGGGGGACCCCAUGAGAGGAGGGUGCCUGGAAAGAGAGGCCAGAAGGAGGGAAAGGUCAACAUGCCCGGAGAAGCCAAGAUGUGCCUGGUGUGCAGAGAAUCCUUCGGAACAAGCGGAAAUCUCCAACGUCAUCAAAGAAUCCACUCAGGAGAGAAACCUCAUAAAUGCUUGGAGUGUGGAAAGUGUUUCAGUCGCAGGGGAAGCCUUUAUAUACAUCAAAGAAUCCACUUAGGAGAAAAACCCUAUGAAUGCCUGGAUUGUGGAAAGAGUUUCAGUCUCAGAAGAAACCUUUAUACACAUCAAAAAAUCCAUUCAGGAGAGAAACCUUAUAACUGCCUGGAGUGUGGAAAGAGUUUCAGUUGCAGGGGAAGCCUUUAUAUACAUCAAAGAAUCCAUUCAGGAGAAAAACCCUAUAAAUGCCUGGAGUGUGGAAAGAGCUUCAGUUCUAUGGGACACCUUUACAGACAUCAAAGAAUCCACUCAGGAGAGAAACCCUAUGAAUGCCCGGAGUGCGGAAAGUGUUUCAUUAGAAAUGAACAUCUCAAACGCCAUCAAAGAAUCCAUUCAGGGGAGAAACGUUAUAAAUGCCUGGAGUGUGGAAAGAGCUUCAGUUCUACGGGACACCUUUACAGACAUCAAAGAAUCCACUCAGGAGAAAAACCAUAUAAAUGCCUGGAUUGUGGAAAGAGCUUCACUCAGAGAGCGCAUCUCAGUCAACAUCACAAAAUUCACACAGGAGAAAAACCAUAUAAAUGUCUGGACUGUGGGAAGAGUUUCAUUAGAAAUGAGCAUCUCAAAAGCCAUCAAAAUAUCCAUACAGGAGAGAAACCGUAUAACUGCCUGGAGUGUGGAAAGAGUUUCAGUCUCAGGGGAAACCUGUAUACACAUCAAAGAAUCCAUUCAGGAGACAAACCAUAUAAAUGCCUAGAGUGUGGAAAGAGCUUUACCAAUUGUGGGCACCUGAGUCAACAUCUAAGAAUUCACACAGGAGAUAAACCAUAUAAAUGCCUGGAGUGUGGAAAGAGUUUCAUUAGAAAUGAGUAUCUCAAAAGCCAUCAAAAUAUCCAUACAGGAGAGAGACCUUAUAAGUGCCUAGAGUGUGGAAGGAGCUUUAACAAUUGUGGGCACCUGAGUCGACAUCUAAGAAUUCACACAGGAGAAAAGCCUGAUAAAUGCCUGGAGUGUGGAAGAAGCUUCAGUGAGAGUGGAAGCCUUUAUAGACAUCAAAGAAUCCAUUCACGAGAAAAACCAUAUAAUUGCUUGGAGUGUGGAAAAAGUUUCAGUUGCCUUUAUAGACAUCAAAGAAUCCACUUGGGAGAGAGGCCUUAUAACUGCCUGGAGUGUGGAAAAGGUUCCAUUCAGUUAGGACAUCUCAGCCAACAUCAACGAAUUCACACAGGAGAAAAACCGUAUAAAUGCUUGGAGUGUGGAAAGAGUUUUAGUCAAAGGGGACACCUUUAUAGACAUCAAAGAAUCCAUUCAGGAGAGAAACCAUAUAAAUGCCUAGAGUGUGGAAACAGCUUUACCAAUUGUGGGCACCUGAGUCAACAUCUAAGAAUUCACACAGGAGAGAAACCAUAUAAAUGCCUAGAGUGUGGAAACAGCUUUACCAAUUGUGGGCACCUGAGUCAACAUCUAAGAAUUCACACAGGAGAGAAACCAUAUAAAUGCCUAGAGUGUGGAAACAGCUUUACCAAUUGUGGGCACCUGAGUCAACAUCUAAGAAUUCACACAGGAGAGAAACCAUAUAAAUGCCUGGAGUGUGGGAAAAGUUUCAGUCAGUUAGGACAUUUCAGUCAACAUGAAAAAAUUCACACCAGAGAGAAACCGUAUAAAUGCCUGGAGUGUGGAAGAAGCUUCAAUGAGAGUGGAAGCCUUUAUUCCCAUCAAAGAAUCCAUUCAGGAGAAAAGCCAUAUAAAUGCAUGGAGUGUGGAAAGAGUUUCAGUCUGAGCGGAAACCUUUAUACACAUCAAAAAAUCCAUUCAGGAGAGAAACCAUUUAAAUGUCUGGAGUGUGGACAGAAUUUCAGUCUGAGGGCAAGCCUUUAUAGACAUCAAAGAAUCCAUUCAGGAGAAAAGCCAUAUAAAUGCAUGGAGUGUGGAAAGAGUUUCAGUCUGAGCGGAAACCUUUAUACACAUCAAAAAAUCCAUUCAGGAGAGAAACCAUUUAAAUGUCUGGAGUGUGGACAGAAUUUCAGUCUGAGGGCAAGCCUUUAUAGACAUCAAAGAAUCCAUUCAGGAGAAAAGCCAUAUAAAUGCCUGGAAUGUGGAAAGAGUUUCAGUCAGAGGGGAAGCCUUAAUACACAUCAAAGAAUCGAUUCAGGAGAGAAACCUUAUAAGUGCCUGGAGUGAGAAAAGAGUUUCAGUCAAAGGGGAAGCCUUUAUGGACAUCAAAGAAUCCAUUCAGGAAAAAAACCAUGUAAAUGCCCGGAGUGCGGAAAGAGUUUCAGUCUGAGUGGAAACCUUCAUAGACAUCAAAAAAUCCAUUCAGGACAAACCAUAUAAAUGCCUGGAGUGUGGAAAAAGUUUUAGUAAUAUGUCAGUCACCAUCAUAAAAUCUGCAUAGGAAAGCAACCCUAUAAAUGCAUAGAAUGUGGGAAAAGCUUCAGACAGACUGAAUAUCUGAGAAUACAUCAAAGAGUUCACACUGGAGAAAAACCCUAUAUGCCUGGAGCGUGGAAAGGGUUUCAGUCAGUUAGGACAUCUCAGCCAAUA